AUGACAGAGGAAGGUGUCGACGUGGGAGAUCCUCAUCAUCAUCACCACUACCAACAUCAGUCUGCCGUCAAGCACGAACAAGGCCUGCCAACCCAGAUACUUGCUGCACCGACGCUGGCCACAGCGACGACUUCUUUACCAACUGCUUCCUCUUACAGGUGCUUCUCCAGCACCAGCAACAAAACUGCCUUCAAUGCUCUUCCCAUCGCAACCAACUUGUUUGUGACGCUUCCUCUGGGUCUCAGCAAGUCACAUUUCAUUUUUACAAAACCUCUGCUGCCGCUGCCUGAUCAGCUGACUUCCACGUUCGCGCAGAACCCAGCCACCAACGGCUGCAUGCCAACGCAAGAUGGCUUGUUGUUUUCAGGGAAUAGAUUGAAGAAUGCAGCCACCAACAACAACAAUAUCACUAUCUCAACAACAUCUCCAGCAACCGUUGACAGUGGCAUCGUCAGCAACAACAGCACCUUGAAGUCUAAACCUCUUUUGCAACCGUAUUUAAUAUCUUCACAGCCAAAAACAAUUAUUUUGAGAUCUAAUCCAAGCAGUCAGUCAGUUUUGCCAUGUCAGCAGAGCCUGAAUUUGGCUAGCGGCAACCAGUUCAUCAAAUUGUCUUAUACUCCUUCAUCGAAUUUAACCAUGAGACCAAUGCAGCUGCUGAAUGGAGAUGUCAACGAGGAAAGAAAAGUCAAAAGUUCUUUGGAAGUUGAACAGCAGCACUUACAGCAGCAGCAACAACUUUUAUUACACCACCAACAACAGCAAUUACAACUGCAGCAGAUGCACGUCGUCAAUAGAAAUAAUAACGUCAAAAUUAAUCUUUCCGCCACAGAAUCAAAAGUUUUUAUUCACUGUAACAUGGAGUUUGAUGAGGGCGUAUCACACAUGUAUCACACGAAAUCAGCAACAAACCACGCAACGCACACGUUCCAUGUGAUAGGCGUGAAUCUCUUUAUAUUCGAUCCCAGUAACUGCAGUGAUAGGACCAGGCGCUUCGAACCAUUGAGCCAUCACAUUAAAGUACUUUACCUUUUCAUUUACACUACACAAAAGUACUGGGACAGCUUAGUUGGCCGAGCUGAGAGGUAG